AUGGGCCAUCGAAGCCUCUUCCGCCGGGCAUCAAAAUCAUGUCUGGGCGGUUUCAAGAAAGUAUUUUCCACGAGGAGUGAUCGCCACGACGAUUUCUUGACCAUCAGCAAAACACCAACGAAGUCAUUCAAGUUUUCAUUCAAGACCUCGUCUCUAUGGAAGAGGACUACACCGGAAGAGGGCGAAAAGACAUGUCAACCUACGGCCACCAACACCGACACUACCCCCGAAGAAACCCCGAGAAUCAAGGACCCAGAACUGAGGCGGCAGGCCUACCCCCAGGGCCAAUCACAUCUUUUCCGCAGACUACCGCCCGAGAUCCGCGAGCAGAUAUACAAGGAGUUUUGGGUCGCGUGCGGCGUGGAGCGGCACGCGUUUCUUGAGGAUGGCAACAUGCGGUACUCGCCAUGUGUGACGGAUCACGAGGCGCCGGAUGAGAGGCAGCUGGGCCUCGCAAGGGACUUUAAGAAGGCCCCGCAGGUACAAUGGCACCCGGAGUGGUUCCUGAGGAUGCAGUCGCCUUGGUGUAAUCACUGGAGAUGUGAAGAGUUGUGGGAGGAUAUCAAGGAGGGGAGGAAGGUCGACUUAAACCAGGGCCAGAACCAAGCUUUCAUGUCGCUCUUGGUAUCUUGCAAGAGGGUAUACGACGAAUGCAUAGACUCCUUCCGCGAAUCCCGCAUCCUAAACAUCACAAACGGUCACACCCUCCAGCGCCUCCUCAAAUACCCGCGGCCGCGCUACGUCUCCUCCGCCCGCACGAUCAACAUCUCCCUGCGCGAGGACAGCGGCAACUGGCUGUACCUCAACGGCGGCAGCAUCUGGCACACGCUCGCGGCCAAGGAGACGAAGGCCACCAAAGUCUACGUCUGGCUCGAUGCCGAGUGCCCGCUCACGCGCCGGCUGCUGACCGAGUUCCGCGAGCUGUACACGGGCGUUCCGGCGGAGAUCGCGCCGAAGCUGACGAUCGACUUCCCCUGCGACGCGGAGGACGGGUUCUGGGCGUGGGGCGAGGUCGACGUGCAGGAGCAGAAUGCGUGUGCGGGCGGCGGCGGGUGGGGGCGGGUGGAGAGGAGGGAGGCGAUUGUGCCGAAGUUUAGGGCCGUUGCNGUCGGCGGGUGGGGGCGGGUGGAGAGGAGGGAGGCGAUUGUGCCGAAGUUUAGGGCCGUUGCGAGGGGACGGCAGAGGUUUAAUGAGACGAGUUGUGGGUAUGUUAGCCGGGGGGAUCAGGGGAGGCCGAGGGUGAGGGUGUUGAAGGCGGGGAACCCUUUUGAGGAUAUUUUGUUGUAUGGGAGGGGGAUUCAUGAUGAUUCAUACUAUUGA